AUGGAGAGCCAGCUUUCCCAUGAUAAUGAACAAUUAGGGUCUCGAGAUAUUGAAAAUCAAUUUCCGAACCCUCCACCAUCUGUUGAUCGAAUUCUUCUUAAUGCUGCUUUGAGAGAUAAUUGGAGGCCUGCAGUAGCAAUUCUAAAGAAGGAACCAAGAUUUGUUAGUCUGAAAACAGAGGAAGGUGUAUCAUUAUUUUUCGUUGCACUAGAAGCAAGAAGCAUCCGAUUUGUGCGAGAGGUAAUGAAACUAAUGGAUGUAGGUGACUUGGAACAGAAAGAUAACAAUGGGAAUACGGCAUUUUACCAUGCAGCAUACGCAGGGUUGGUUGAGAUUGCUAAAGUAAUGGUAGAAAAGAAUAAGAAUCUACCAAACAUCCGCAGUCAGGAUGAAGAAUUACCAAUUACUGUGGCAGCUUCCAUUGGGCAUAAAGAUAUGGUAUCAUACCUUUUUGAGGUCACAAAUUUUGAUUUGUUACAGCAACAAGAACGCUUAAACCUUCUACAUAUCACUAUCCAGAAUGAAAUGUAUGAGGUAGCAUUAAAGAUAUUCAACAAGGACAGAAAAUUAGCCACUAAAAUGUUAGAAGACGGAAAUAUUAAUGUCUUACACUCGUUAUCUCAAAAGUCCAUAGCGAUCAGUAACGCUUCUUCUCCGGUGUGGAGAAAGUUUAUUAUGCUAAAAUUGCUUCCGGAAAGAUAUGUAGUUGAGAAACAAGCUGAGACACUACUUGAGGAGCUAUGGGCGGAGUGUCAAAGAAGUGGAGCGGAUAAGCUGAUAGACCUAGUGGAAAAGGAAAAAUUGGCCCAUUCUGCUGCAAAAGCAGGGAAUCUGGGGUUUUUACUUGUGGUUACUCGUGAUCAUCCUUGGCUCAUAUGUAAACCUGACGAUAAAAGUCAUACCAUUCUCCAUGAUGCAGUUUUAUAUCGAGAGGAAAAAGUCUUCAGCCUUAUACACCAAAUAGGAGCAUUAAAAAAAUUGAUUUUUGUAAUGGUUGACAAUGAUGACAAUAACAUUCUACAUUUGGCUGGAAAGUUAGGGGAGCCACACAAAAAUGUCCAAUCUAAUGCUGUUAAGGAGGGAGAGAAGAUUAUGCCGCCAUCGUUUCUUAGGGUUUCUGGAGCAGCACUUCAGAUGCAAAGAGAGAUAUUGUGGUUCAAGGAAGUGGAGAAACUUGUACCUCCUUCCGUCCGCAAGAGGAGAAACAAGGAUGGGAAAACCCCUAGAGAAUUAUUCACAGAAGAGCACAAGUUAUUACUAAAAGAUGGAGAAAAGUGGAUGAAAGACACCGCAAAUUCUUGUAUGAUUGUGGCAACUUUGAUUGCCACAAUGGUCUAUGCUGCUGAAUUCACUGUGCCAGGCGGUUAUAACAGUGAUAAUGGCAUUCCAAUAUUGCUAAAAUUGUAUGGAUUUAGGAUCUUUGUCAUAUCAGAUGCAGUGGCACUAUUCAGCUCAAUCAUUUCCAUCAUUAUGUUCUUGUCCAUUCUGACAUCUCGCUAUGCUGAAGAUGACUUUCUUGUGUCAUUGCCUGCUAAGUUAUUAUUUGGACUUACGGCGUUGUUUGUUUCGAUUGUUAGCAUGCUCGUGGCGUUUACAGCAACCUUCAUUUUGAACUAUAGAAAACAUACGGGUUGGGAGCCAAAGCUCAUUGUUGCUUGUGCUGGUGUUCCUGUGGCUUUAUUUGGGUGUUUACAGUACAAACUAUGGUUUGAUGUGGCAAAAUCGACAUAUUGGUCCAAGUUUCUUUUUAGAUCGGGAAAGCACAAACGUGAUUAAC